AGAAUCUUGGCUGAGCUGCUCGAAAUCGAACCUUGCAAGGCCAUGGUCUCUCCCCUUCUAAUUCUUUCACUGGGUCUUGUGAAUUCAAGCUCCGUGGAACAAUGUGCAUACCCUGGUGGUCAAUGCUGGGAGUUAAAGAUGCAAAAGUGCAAAGGCUCACAAAACUGGACGUUGCAUGGUUUGUGGCCUGAGUGGGGCAACGGGUGCGAAGGACCUGAUUUUGACAUGAAUGCCUUGCGAGACAUUCGUCAAGACUUGCAAAGCAAGUGGCCUUCUUGUCCUGAAUAUGGAGAAUCUGAGGAUGAGUUCUGGCGGCACGAGUGGCAGAAGCAUGGAACGUGUUCGGGAUUGAAUGAGCUCAAUUACUUUCAAACUGCUUUGCGGCUGCACGAUCAAUUCGCAGGCCAAUGUUCCAGCGAACGAUCCAUAUGCCAGGUCUGUUUCAGCAAGGAUCUUCAGUCACAAGAAUCUUGCCCGAGUCAACUUGGCAGCGUGUCAGAGGUCAUCGUGUAACGUUGAGAGUCGAGCCAAUCAGAGUCCUGUCGUGGCUUUUGUUUGUGAUGGUUGAAAGUGAAGUAGUUUCCAGCGGCUUGGGCUGCAAACGGCUUCGCGUGUGGGUCACCUUCUUGCAGACUUGCAACCGCAACUCGUUCAGUGGCUGUAGUUUAGUGAUCUGCGGGCAUCCUCACAAUCCUUCUCAACACGUGUUUGUGCGCAGUCGGGG